GCAGACUCCCAACCACUGUGCCACCAGGGAAGCCCCCAGAAAUGCUUUUCUUAACAAGACACGAGCUUCAAAAAAAGAAAGCAAGACAAAUUCAUAAAAAAGAAAUACUUUUGUGUGUUAAAAGACACCAUUGAUCAAGCCAUCUGUUUAGCAAUAGGUAAUACAGCAUAUUCAACAAGAAAAGGAUUAAUAGAUAUUAUGGAUGGAAUAUAAAAAUAGUUUAUACAAAUUGAAAAGUAGAAGACAAUUCAAUAACAAAACAGUUAAGUAAUAUAAACAAAUCAUCCUUAGGAAAAGGAAUACAAAUAACCAUAAACAUAUGAAAAGGUGUCCAGCACUUUGCAAUUCAAAUGACAAUGAGAUGACAGAUAAGCAAAAGUUAUAAAGAUUCAUCAUCUCAAGGACUGCCCAGCAUGGUGUCAAACUCCUAAUGACGCUGGAAGGAUUAAUUGGUGAAGCCAUUUGAAGGGGCCAAUGUAGUCCUGUCUGCACAAUCAUAAAAUGUGCCCAGCAUUGGACCUAGCAAUUCAGCCUCUAGGAAGCAUCCAGAAGAAACACAUGCACGUGUUGACCCUGGUAAAAGGCCAAGAUUUAUAACAGGGGAAAAUGGAAACUGCCCAGAUGACCAUCAAUACGAAAUUGGUUUAAAAAUAUUUCAGCGUAUCCAUUUGGAGAGGUCUCACUGGCCACUCCUUCUUUCUCCCUCUGCUGGAUCCCAGCAGAGCUCAUAUUUCCAGAUGGUAGUCAGGGAAGGCAGUGACCAAAGCCUGAGGGUGGCCUGGGCACGAGUGGCAAUGCCAUUGGCUAAGCCACCUGCUCCCUCUCUUCUGGUUCCCAGACUCAAGGGGGCCUCUCCUCCUUAGGACAUGAAUUUGGAAGACCCUGUGACCCUGCCCUGGGAACUGGAAGUGGCAAAGUGGCAAAGCCUGCGGUGAUAAGGCGAUUGGGCUGUCGCUAUGGUGAUGGGGAUGGAGGCCUUUUGCCAUCAGCCCCAGUUUUCUGCAUGGCAGCUCUAAUGACAGGAUGGUCAGCCCUGCAGAGGCUGGAGGGUGUGAGCGCAGAGGCCUGUUCCUGGUUGCCAUGGCAGCGUGGGCCCUCGCGGGAGCGCAGAAAGCCCUGGCAGGAGAAUUCCCCACUCCACACCUGGUCAGAGCAGGAAGUGUUGGGCCGUGACUGAGCCUCAGGGAAGCAGGUUGGGGUGUGAGAAAAGAACCAGUCGCCCACAGCUUAAUUACUCAAAAGCUGUCCCCCAGCCACAGGAGGAAGGAGGACCUUUUCUGCUGAGUCUGUCUAGAGAAUACCACGCCGUCACAGCUCAGCACAGCCCGGAGAGAAAGCUGACCAGUGCUGACCAGCUCUGGAGCCCAGCAAUGGCCCUGCCUCGACCAUAUCUGGCCUGACAAGGCCUCAGUGGGGAAGGGUCCCGACUGGGACCCAGAAGAGAAGGCUGGCAGGCUUGCUGGAGAACAAUGAAAAGGAGGAAACUCUGUGAUUGAACCUCAAGCCAGAAGCCAGCCAGAAGGUGGACCAUAUUCUACCAGACACUCGGGCUGGCCGUGACCCUUGGUUGGGAGAAGCCUGGGGAUAUUUCUGCCUUGGAAGCCCGUUGGGGGACACUGAGGGGUUCCAGCUCCCCCGGGCGGGCUGCGGUACAAAUGCUGGAUGACAGAGCCAGGAUGGAGAUCGCCAAGAAGGAAAAGGUGGAACAGAUCCUGGCGGAGUUCCAGCUGCAGGAGGAGGACCUGAAGAAGGUGAUGAGGCGGAUGCAGGAGGAGAUGGACCGAGGCCUGAGGCUGGAGACCCACGAGGAGGCCAGUGUGAAGAUGCUGCCCACCUACGUGCGCUCCACCCCGGAAGGCUCAGAAGUCGGGGACUUCCUCUCCCUGGACCUGGGCGGCACCAACUUCAGGGUGAUGCUUGUGAAGGUGGGGGAAGGGGAGGAGGGACAGUGGAGUGUGAAAACCAAGCACCAGAUGUACUCCAUCCCUGAGGACGCCAUGACGGGCACUGCUGAGAUGCUCUUUGACUACAUCUCUGAGUGCAUCUCCGACUUCCUGGACAAGCAUCAGAUGAAGCACAAGAAGCUGCCCUUGGGCUUCACCUUCUCCUUUCCUGUGAGGCACGAAGACAUCGACAAGGGCAUCCUCCUCAACUGGACCAAGGGCUUCAAGGCCUCAGGAGCAGAAGGGAACAACAUCGUGGGGCUCCUGCGAGAUGCCAUCAAACGGAGAGGGGACUUUGAGAUGGACGUGGUGGCGAUGGUGAACGACACUGUGGCCACGAUGAUCUCCUGCUACUACGAAGACCGCCGGUGUGAGGUUGGCAUGAUUGUGGGCACGGGCUGCAACGCCUGCUACAUGGAGGAGAUGCAGAACGUGGAGCUGGUGGAAGGGGACGAGGGCCGCAUGUGUGUCAACACCGAGUGGGGUGCCUUCGGGGACUCGGGCGAGCUGGACGAGUUCCUGCUGGAGUACGACCGUGUGGUGGACGAGAACUCCCUGAACCCCGGCCAGCAGCUGUACGAGAAGCUCAUCGGAGGCAAGUACAUGGGCGAGCUGGUGCGGCUCGUGCUGCUGAAGCUCGUGGACGAGAACCUGCUCUUCCACGGGGAGGCCUCGGAGAAGCUGCGCACGCGCGGCGCCUUCGAGACACGCUUCGUGUCGCAGGUGGAGAGUGACUCGGGCGACCGCAAGCAGAUCUACAACAUCCUGAGCACGCUGGGGCUGAGGCCGUCGGCCACCGACUGCGACAUCGUGCGCCGCGCCUGCGAGAGCGUGUCCACCCGCGCCGCGCGCAUGUGCUCCGCGGGGCUGGCGGGCGUCAUCAACCGCAUGCGCGAGAGCCGCAGCGAGGACGUGAUGCGCAUCACCGUGGGCGUGGACGGCUCAGUGUACAAGCUGCACCCCAGGUGGGCCCGCUCGGCCGUCUGCACCUCCCCGCCGGGUCCAGCCUCCCUCUUCUUCAAGGAGCGGUUCCACGCCAGCGUGCGCAGGCUGACGCCCAGCUGUGAAAUCACCUUCAUCGAGUCGGAGGAGGGCAGCGGCCGGGGUGCCGCCUUGAUCUCCGCGGUGGCCUGUAAGAAGGCCUGCAUGCUGGGCCAGUGAGAAUAAAGGCUGCAAGGCAAGGAGGAGACUGUGGCCGCUACUAGACCUGGGCUCCAGGGGAUACACUCCCUACAGGUCCCCCCAACCUGGUCCAGUCAAGAGGCUUCUCCUUGUAAGGACCUUGGAUGCCUCCCAUCCCCGCUGUCACCCCAGGAAAUGGGGAGAGCUUCUCUGGGGAUGCGGUGAGGCCCUGGGCAGGCCUCUUCUCUCAGGGUCAGUUGGUUGGAUAGCCCUAGGGCCCUGACUGGGUUGGGGGCUGAGAUGAACAGGAAUGGAGAACCCCCAAAGUACCUCGCCUUUCUUGCUGCAAUCAAGGGCCCAGAAGGGAGUUAUUAACUCAGGAUUUUGUUGCAUUUCUGCACUGCUUGCCUCUUGGAGCUUUCAGCCUGGCUCAGCCCUGGCUCUGGGAAGGGGGUGCCCUCUGGACCCUACUAUGGCCUGGUUUCCCUGGGAACCCAACCCACAUGGGGAGGCAGCCCUCAUGACCUGGCCAGACCUAGACCUGGGUUCCACAGUGGGCCCCGGGGAGCUGCUGAUCACCCAGGCCUGGGAAAUGGAAGGGACCAGCUCCAUGUUGGAGGCUGUGGGUACCCCGAGGCCUGGAGAUGGCAGCCUUUUCCCUCCCAUCCUGCCAUCCCUGAGUGGUUUCUGGUUCUGGGAUGGACCCUCACAGGAAGUGCAAGAGACAGAGUCCCCAAAGCCCCUGCCCAGAGGGGCCCAGGAAGAGGAGGAGUCCCCCUACCCACAGACAGGCCUGGGAGCAUCUCCGGGAUCGAGUCCUCGGCUCCCACGGCGCUGGGCACUCAGAAACCCCAGCAGCACUCAGCACACCCCCAAGGGACAACCCAGGCCUCUUUCUUCUCACCAGACCUCCAUGUACCACACCAACCUCUCCAUGCCCAACCUGGGACUGUGUGGGUUUUUUUAAUUAAAAGUUUUAAAAGUUUAGAACAUGACCUUGUCCACCGUUCUUUGAUCUCUGUGUAUAAGACUGUGGGACAAUAAACAUAUAGACGUGGUCACAUGUACACAGACACUCUGCAGGCCUAGGCGUGUUUUGGAAUUUUCCAUCCUCUCCACAGAGCUAUGCUGGGGAGUGUGAAGAGUGACAGACCAGGCCUUAGGAACAGGAAUGGGGUGGCGUGGCGGGGUGUGGUCAGAGGUCCUGGACUUGCCCAGGCCUCUGCCCACCAGCCUGUGGGAUGCGGGGUGUGGUUCUGAGGUCUCCAAGAGCUCCAAGGCAGUGUCUGGGAAGGAGUGGGGUUGCUCUGGGAAAGGGGACGGCUGGUUCUUGGGACUGGUCCUGCUGCAGGUCGGUCUCAACAGGGGAUCCUUGGAGCCACUUGGGUUGUGACAGUGACUGCAGUGGGAGGCCAGGAUUACAAGAAGUCACAUGAUUUCUGCGGUCCUUCCAAUUUGGUCCUGAAUGAAAUGCCUAUUUCAGGUUAGCCAAGCCUAGGGCCUAAGACCAGUUACUUAUGAACACAUAUUUGUAAGAUUUUAACAUACACGCACUUUUUUUUCAGGUUUUUGGAUGUUAUCAU